CAAGUAUUCAGUUUUUCAUUAUGGACUGAAGCAACACCAGCUAGGUUUUAUUGGCAAGCAGGGAAAAUUAGAGUUGUGUUUCUCUAUUCAGUUUCAACAGUAGCUAAAGCGCAGAAGAGAUAAUCCACAACAGUGUAAAUGAGUCAGAAUGGAUCAAGAAGGUGGGGGUGACUUCCAAAAAACCCCUAAUUUUCAGUGGCGAAACUACAAGCUCAUUGUUGAUCCAGUACUCAAGCGGGCGCCCCACAAGAUCUAUCGCUAUGAUGGGGUGCACUUCAGCCCAAAUGAUUCGGGCUAUGCUCCUGUGGGUGACCUGCGGGAUCCCAGGCACCGGAUAUGGUCCAAAAACAGAGACCUUUCCCUCCCUGUCCCAAAGUUUAAGCUGGACGAAUUCUAUGUGGGCCAGAUCCCUCUGAAGGAGGUGACCUUUGCCCGGCUCAAUGACAACAUCAAGGAGCCCUUCCUGGCUGAGAUGUGCAAAAAGUAUGGUGACAUCGAGGAAAUUGAGAUCCUUUAUAACCCCAAGAACCGCAAGCACCUGGGCCUGGCCAAGGUGCUCUUCACCAGCACAAGGGGGGCGAAGGAAACGGUCAAGAACCUACACAACACUUCAGUCAUGGGCAACAUCAUCCAUGCCCAGCUUGACAUCAAAGGUCAGCAGCGAAUGAAGUACUAUGAGCUGAUUGUGAAUGGCUCCUAUACGCCUCAGACUGUCCCCACGGGGGGCAAAAUGCUGAAUGAGAAGUUUCCAGCAGACUCGUCGGAGUCUCGAAGGCGCCACUCAACAGACUCCUACCUUGGCAAUACAAUGCCUUCAACGCCUGGCAAUGGCACCCCCUGCUCUCAGGACACCCCGUAUUCCAGCGGACGGCAAGACACACCCUCUUCCUAUGGCCAGUACACACCGCAGUCAUCCCAGGGAACGCCGUACACCCCUCGGGGAGGGACACCAUAUUCCCAGGAUUCUGCCUAUUCCAGCAGGCAAGGGACACCAGCCUACUCUACUUACCAGUCAGAGUCAACAUCAUACAAAUCCCGCCGGCACGAGAACAGUUUUUCAGACUCCUACUCCCGGCGGCAUUAUUCUUCGUCGUCCUCUUCAUCCUCUUCGUCAUCCUCCUCCUCCUCUUCUCACUACCGCAGCAACGACCAUCACUACCCGCCCUUCAGUCAACAGUUUGAAGGUGGCAGCGCUGCCGCAGUCGGCAACCGGUACCAGCGCCAUUCGUCUGCUUUGGAAGGGCGCUCCUCCUCCUCUUCCUCUCACCGUUCCCACCAAAGAGAGGACUCCGGCUUCCAGUCCCGACACAGAGAGCGCUCCCAACGGGACGAUCCUUCCCCUUCCUCCACCACCACCACCAUUACCACUGCAGCUGCCUCCACCACCACCACCACCUCCUCCUCCUCUUCCUCCUCCUCCUCCUCCUCCUCUUCUUCAUCUGCAGUGACAGCAUCAGACAGUGCUCAGUUUCAAAACAGUCACACUUUUGCUCAGCAGAGCGCCGAGCAUUUCCCAGCCCCAAGUGUGCUCUACCCAACUUACGCAGCCACUCCAGAGCCCUUCUCUUUACCUUCCGAAUCCCACCCCGUGGACCAGGAUUAUCGGCUCCUCCCCACGGCCGAGACUUUUGCUGCCAAUUCUUUGCCUCCCACGGAAUUUCUCGCUCAGGAACCUAAGGAGAACAUCAGCCCUGCAGUGUCGGCAGCUCUGGGGGUUGACGAUCGGUCCCACUCUCCUGCAAUGCAGACCUCGCCGGCUCGGUCGGGCUCUCCGGCCCCUGAGACGACCAACGAGAGUGUCCCUUUUGCCCAGCACAGCAGCUUGGACUCCCGCAUUGAGAUGCUGCUGAAGGAGCAGAGGUCCAAGUUCUCUUUUCUAAAUUCAGACACAGAAGAGGAGGAGGAGGAGAAGGGAGUGCCCCCCAAGGGGUCAGAGCCGCAUGGGCCCUGUACUCCACCCCCACCCCUUCCGGUCAGUUUUGAGGAUGUGGUGCCUGCAUUGGACAUGGGCCCUGGAGCCGAAUCCCCCAAAGCAAAUGGGCAAGACAGGGCAUCUCAGCAAUCGUCAGGUGAAGACAUGGAAAUCUCAGAUGAUGAAGCAGAGGUGGAGCCCCCAACCCCUGUGGCAGGAGUAUCGGAACCACAUUUUUCCAUGAUGCCCUCAGCCCUGGGCCACUUACCACUGGGCGUGUCCUCUUUCACUCCUCACCACCGGCCGGAACCACCACUGCCACCUCCCGCCUACCCUCUGCAGCCUCUCAUGUCCGUCUCCCUUCCCCACCUGGCGGGCAAAACCCAUUCGCUGUCCACCUAUGGCCAGGUUGGGCCGCGACACCCGCACCGCCUGUCGGACUUCCGGGGGCGGGCGGGCGUGGUCGGCGGGGGCCGAGGAGCCCCCCACAUCUACGACUUUGUGAACUCCAUGGAGCUGAUGAACCGCCUGGGCAACCAGUGGGGAGGGAUGCCCAUGUCCUUCCAGAUGCAGACUCAGAUGCUGAGCCGCCUGCAGCAGCUCCGUCAGAGCAAAGGGCAGUUCGAGGACCCUUUCUCCUACCACCGGGAGGCAGCUUCUUUCUGCGGCCGGCCUCUUUACGGACAUGGCUACCUGAUGGACCAGGGGGGCCACCACUUCCAGAGAGACCAGCUGUUCAUGCAGCAGCCAUCUGCCGUGGGCGCCUCAGAGCAGCAGCAUUCCUCGGAGCAGCCCCCUCUGCCACCCCCACAGCGCCUUCUGGAUUUCCGGUCGGCUCAGUGGGGGUACCAGGAGGAAGUGGCGCCACCCCCACCUCUUCCCAAGGACCCCCAUGCCUCAGUGGUGGACAGUGUCCUGGCUACACUCAUGCAGGAGAUGAAGAGCAUCAUGCAGCGGGACCUCAAUCGCAAGAUGGUGGAGAACGUGGCUUUCAGCACUUUUGACAAGUGGUGGGAACGCAAGGAGGAGAAAGCCAAGCCUUUCCAGAGUACUGCUAAGCAGCCAGUCAAAGAGGAGGAGAAGGACAGGACCAAACUGAAAGACCCUGCCCUGCUGUCCCUAGUUGACUGGGCCAAGAGCGGCGGUACAGGUGGUGGCCUAGAGGGGUUUGGCUUUGGGACCGGCUUUCGAGGAGUUCUCAGGCUCCCAUCCUUCAAGGUGAAAAGGAAAGAGCCAUCUGAAAUCUUAGAUGACAGUGAAGUGAAGGACCCCCGCCCAUCUACGCCCGCCGAAGAGGAUGAGGAGGAUAAGCAGCCCUCGCAGAUCCCCAGAGUGUCCAAGAGGGAUGAUGAGCGGAUCAAGGGCCCAGGGAAACGGCGGAAGCUCUUCUGCCUGGACAGCGAAGGGGAGGAGGCAUCCGAUGACUCGUCUUCUGAGAAGGAAGAGGAAGAGGAAGAACGGCGAAGAGAAGAGGAGGAAGAAGGUACCAGAGAACGUAGAAUGAAGGGUGCGGAAACAGAAGACGAAGCUGACAGCGAUGCUUCCUCCAAGUGUUCUCUUUACGGAGACUCUGAUGAGGACAGCGACAGCACUUCUGACUCUGAGAGCAGCUCUUCCUCCUCAUCUUCCUCGUCGUCCUCAUCUUCCUCCUCUUCAUCGGAUGAGGAGGAGGCUGAGAGCAUGGAGGAAAUGGAUGAAUCAGCCACGGACAGCUGUUCUGCCAAGCCACUGCUGGGCCCAGAAGAAAGAGCACAGCAAGCAACUGAUGCUGAGGUGGUCAAGAAGAAACCAGAAGCAGGGGGGGUCCAAGGUCAUAUAGCAGAGGAGAAACCUGCUCCUCUGGAGGAGAGCAGACCAGCCCCACCACCAGAGAAGGAUGCUGGAACAGUAUCUCGGCCAGAAGAGCGACCUUCCUCGCCUAUCCCAUUGCUGCCACCACCCAAGAAACGCCGGAAAACAGUCUCCUUCUCUACUCCUGGUGAGGACGACUCAACAAAAGGGGUCUUGGAGAAGCUGCCUGACCUGGCUCCUGUUGCUCUUCUGCCUCCACCCCCUCCUCCUCCCCCUGCCCCCACAGAGGAAGCACAACUCCCAUUAGUGCCUGUGGAACCCACGCUACCACCCCAAGUGUCCUUAGCCUCAGAUAUCCCACCUCCAGUUGCCUCCCCCCUGCCUCCCACAACAUUCCCCGCCAGGCCGGCGGUCACCCCCAGCCGGAAGCGGGAGCCCCCCAAAGCCAGCCAAAAAACAAUCAGCAACCUGCCUGCUGACCAUGCCUCCCUGGUGAAAUGUUGGUCGGACGAGCUGCCACAGGGUGGUCGGUCCCGGAACCGCUCUCGUUCCCGUAGCUCGGAGGCCCCGCGGGUGCCCCCACCCCCGGAAGAAGACAAACUGCGCAUGCGUGAGCGGAUGGGCGCUUCCUCCCUCCUCGAGCUGGCAAAUCAACCCAACCUAGCCGUGUUGGCGGAUGUGGCUCUCAAGAUGCCCGUUGGCGCAGGCAGUGAAGACUCCGAGGCAACUGAGACCUCCGAUGAGGCCGAGGAGUCUAAGGCCCCGCUGCCUUCUGCACAGUCCAUCGAGGUCAGCAGCAUUCUUUUGGAGCAUAACUAUGCCAUGGCUGUCCGUGUGGCACCAGUGACUGUUCCCCGCAAGCCGGACGAGGUGCCCUUGCUGGCCUCUGCUGACCCGUUGCGGGUGGAUUUGUACAGCGAGCCCCUGGGGGAGGUCUUGGAGGCUCCGGAGGAGGUGGUGGCAGACUCCAGCGAGGUGAAAGCUGAACCGGAGGUCGGUGACCUGGUUGCACUGCCCCCACCACCUUCCCUGCCAGCUGAGAAGCCAAAGGCAGCUCUCCCAGAGCAGCAGCAGCAGGCCAAAAAGCAGCAUCCCCACUUGUUCAAGGAAGAGGUCAUGAAAGACUUGGGACCCUUGCCUUUUGGGCCCGAGGAUCUGUUUCCUUCAGAGAGCGAGGAGGAUGAAGAAGAGGAGGAGGAGGAAAGCGCCGACAGCAGUGACGAAGGGGAGAUCCGCAGGAGAUCCCUCCGCUCCCACUCGCAUAAGCGGGUCCCUGCCCAGACCCCUCUUCCGCCUCCUGUCUUCGAGACACGGAGCGAGUUCGAACAAAUGACCAUCUUGUAUGACAUCUGGAAUUCGGGGCUGGAUUUGGAGGACAUGAAGUACCUGCGGCUGACCUAUGAGCGCCUGCUGCACGAGGACAACAGCACAGACUGGCUGAAUGACACCCACUGGGUCCACCACACUAUCACAAAUAUUGCAAACCCCAAGCGGAAACGGAAGUCAUCAGACCUGCGGGAGCACCAGACAGGCUGUGCCCGCAGCGAGGGGUAUUACCACAUCAGCAAGAAGGAGAAGGACAAGUACCUUGACAUUUGCCCGGCUACCGUGCAGCAGCUGGAGCCAGCUGACAUACAGGGCACUAACCGCAUCCUGUCUGAGCGGCGAUCCGAGCAGCGGCGUCUGCUGAGUGCCAUUGGUUCUGUUGCCGUCCUUGAUAGCGACCUUCUGAAGCUGAACCAACUGAAGUUCCGCAAGAAGAAGCUACGGUUUGGCCGGAGUCGGAUUCACGAGUGGGGCCUCUUUGCCAUGGAGCCAAUAGCUGCCGACGAGAUGGUCAUCGAGUACGUGGGUCAGAAUAUCCGACAGAUGGUGGCCGACAUGCGUGAGAAGCGGUACGCCCAGGAGGGCAUUGGGAGCAGCUACCUCUUCCGCGUGGACCACGACACAAUCAUCGACGCCACCAAGUGCGGCAACCUCGCCCGCUUCAUCAACCACUGCUGCACGCCCAAUUGCUAUGCCAAAGUCAUCACCAUAGAGUCCCAGAAGAAGAUCGUCAUUUACUCCAAACAGCCCAUCAGCGUCAACGAGGAGAUCACUUACGACUACAAGUUCCCCAUCGAGGAGAACAAGAUUCCCUGUCUUUGUGGCACAGAGAAUUGCCGGGGCACCCUGAACUGAGACAUCUCCCUCCCACCAUUCGUAUUUGUUUUGUUCACGU